UUUUUCUUUUCUGUGUUCUGGAAUAUUGUUAUCAUUGUAAUAAAAUCUGGAUAACCCAUCAAGUCAUGUCGGUCACCGUUUCAUAAGACAGGGCUAACUUUACAAGAAAACAAUCAUAUUAUUUAAUAUCUCAGUAUUUGCCUUUUGAAAAGUUCUGCCUGUACAGUGUAGCUCACUCUUAAGUACUGUGCUAACAUUUUCCGCUAAGGUUAUACCCUAUCUGCAGGCUCUGUUCAGCUAGCUCAACCCUAGUAUUUACUACAGCUGCCGGUAUAAAAACAUCAUCAUGGCCAUGGCAUCUGUGUUCGCUCAGACUUUCUGCCAGCCUCAGGUUUGUUAUACUAUGUUUGCUAUAUAUUUAUCAUGGAAAUCUUGCAGUUCAGGUGCGUAUAUUAUUGCUGAUCGAAUUUCGUAUUAUUGCGUGAAAUCUUACGUGUAUUCUUUAUAAAAUUUAUUCGGCGGCUGUUUCAGAUUUAGCGGCCCACGUUGACUGUGUUAAGGCUAGGCAUAGGGAUUGAUUUAGGGUUCGGGUUAGGCGUAGGGAUAGAUUUAGGCUUAGGGUUCGGGUUAGGCAUAGGGAUAGAUUUAGGGUUCGGCUUAGGCAUAGGGAUUGAUUUAGGGUUCAGGUUAGGCAUAGGGAUCGAUUUAAGACGUAAAAGUGCGCGCAUGGAAAUAAACGCGGGCCGCGUUCUCUGAAUUUUCUUAUUCGGCUGCCGGUUAUAAAGCCAAACAUCAUCAUGGCAUCUGUGUUCGCUCAGACUGGUGGGUGAUGGGGCAAUAAAGAGUGAUUAAAAAAACAGAAACCUAAAAAAGCAAAAACCCACCCCUUUGCCUUCAGUACCCAUUUAUCCUAACUGUAAGAUUUUGGGAUGGUAUGGGAUGGGGAAAGAUUUUUGUGGCAUGGCAAUUUGACUGAUCAAUUUUAUAUUUUAGUUUUAUACCUAGGUAAAGAGCUAAGUCACUAUUGCCAGGAUUUUAUAAGCAUUCAUAAGUUGUUGUUUUUUUAAUUCUUCAUUUUUGGAUCAUUUUCAGUUAAUUUUUCAUACUAAAAAGUAGCAAAAUUUUAAUCCAUCCAUCCCUGUGGCGCAACAGCCCACCACUUCCUUCCACUCAGACCUAACUAAUGCCUUUGUUUUCCAUGCUUGGACUGAUCUUGUAGAUCUUUUUCUACAUCAUCUAUCCACCUAAGCCUAGGUCUGCCUUUGAGCUUUUUUCCUCUGGGGUAUUGGUGAGGCACUCUCUUCAUUCCUCUGUCAUUUGGCAUUCUCUCUAGGUGUCCUGCCCACCUUAGCCUGCCUCUUUUUAUUUCUGCCACUAUCGUGGGAUCCUGAUAUAGACUGUAUAAUUCCUGGUUGGUUCGUAGUCUCCAUCCAUAUUCAUCCUUUGUUGGCCCAUAUAUUUUCCUGAAAACGUUUAAACCAUUUUAAAAAAGACUUUCUUCCGAAGACAAGUUUAAACCUCAAAAAAGUAAAGAAAGUUUGAGCAGAAAAUAUUUUUAAAAUUUUUUUUUUAAAAAUGAAACAUAUUUAUGUUUUUUUUACAUUUGAUUGGAAUCCUUUUUUUAAGUAGAGAAUUUUUUUAUACCCUUCUGCACAUACUUUCUUUGCAUAAUGAACUUUAAGAUAAUUAUUUUCCCCUUUUUAGUGCAUUUUUACCAUCUCAGUAAGAUAGUAUCCAUAAGGAAAUUACUGUCAAUAGCAAGCAAAGGGAAAUAACUCCAUUUCUUUCAUGCUGACUUAAAAACAUUAUUAGAAACAGUCUUUCAUCCAGUCAUACAAAACUAACUGAUAAUUGUAGAGAAAAUAUAAAAAUUUAAUUAUAAUAAAUUUAAAAUAUUAUUUAUUUAUUUAUUAUAACUUUGUCCUUAAAAAAUCAAAAUAUUCAUGCAGAAGAAUAAUCUUCUAUAAAACAAUACAGAUGCCACAUGUUUUUUGUUAUUUAUUUUUUAUGUUACUUGAUCACUUUGCACCAUUUUUUUAUGCAGGGACAUCUAACAGCUUAUUACCAGUAGUGUUAAUAUACUGUUAGCUGAAAAAAAUCCAAACCUGAAAAAAAUCCAAACAUCCUAUUUAUGUAAAAUAAAAUUAUUCCAUGUCAUUUGCACUUGCAUCAUUUAAUGUUUUGUAUGGCCUGGUAGAGCUUGAAUACAUGUUAGUCUGCAUUCCCAACUCUUCAUAAGUCUCAGGGAUGAAUGAGCCAAAGUAAUCAUACUAUUUAUAAGUAUUAUCUAGGUCUUCAUUAGGACCAGUUUCACCAAAAAUUCUUCAAUGUUACGUAAUUGGUCAGACCAGUCAGAUCUAUCAACAUUGUCCAUAUCUUCAUCUUCUGUCUCAUCUGGGACAUCAAAAUGUUGAACUAUUUCAAUAUUAACAUCACAUUCAUUUCCAUUAUCUAAUUCUGCAUCAAAUUCAUCACUUUGGACACUAAAAACCGAUGCUUUUGCAGCUUGAAGCCUUUCUGGAAAACACCAUUGUCUAAUCAUAUAUUUAAUGUCAACAAACCACUCUUUUUAAAAAAUCAAAAUUGCACAGUUAUUAAAUUUCAACAAGUAAUUAUCUUAACACUUCCUGUUUAUAAAUAGACUCUUUGGAAUUCUUUCUAAGAAGAGCUAAAUUCACUAGGUUACAUUGAAAAUGGUGUGAUUUACAGUGGGAUUUGACCAUAGCACCACUUGGGCAUAUGGGCUGGGUAGCUGUAAUGUGACUGAGAGGGUUAAACUAGUCUUUAAAAAAAGGGCAUUUAAAAUCUUUUAAAAUAUUGUUUUUGUUCUGUCUUCAGUCAGUUGUUGUAGUCCAAAAAAACAAUUUCCAAAUCUAUUAGACCUACCCUUAAUUUAUUGCUUUCAAAAACUAUUUUAGAAUAUUGCUAAUUUAGCUUCUGCAGUAAAUGCAACUUUCUGUGUGACUUCCUUACUUCAAAGCCUUAAGUUGAUUAAGUAAUAAGUAUUUGAAAUGUCAUUUUUAUGGCCACUGUAAAACAAACAAAAAAAAAGUAACAACUCUAUUUCAUUUUUCUUUUUAAGUGUGAUAGAAUCCGGGUCUGCUUUUUUUUCUUUCUUUUUUUUUGGUGCCUUUAGCCUUGCCCACUGUCAUGAGAUUUUCAUUAUGUGUGAUAAUAAAAUUUGGUUUAUUUGUUUUUCCAUUUUUCCUAAAGGCUGCUGUGGCAAUGUCCCAUUUAACUUCUCUCAUAGGAAGUGCAAGAUCAAUGUCCAGUCACAAAGAGAUCAGAGUAACAAGGACUGGACCGAAUGUCACACAAAAACAAAAUUCAACAGGGCGGGAUUUAAAAAAAGAAAAAGGCAUUGUAAGUAUCAAUAACUGAGUUUUUUUAAGACAUUGGUCUUGAUUGUCUUGUUUUUUUUUUUGUUGUUUUUUUUAAAUAUAUUAUCCUUCAUGAAAAUUUCAAUCAGCUUGGUUAAGGAAUUUUUAAUAUUUUUUUAAUAGUCAGUUUGUGAUGAGAGUUUAUGUAAACAUUUGUCAGUUUUGGUCCUCAACAAUGUGCUUCUAAAAAUUUUAGCUGUUGCUCAUCAAGACUGAUUUCUAAAGGCAUAAAAUACAUGGCAGUUCGAAUUUGGUUCAUAUUGGGGAACCACUUACUGUCGAGAAGCGAUUCUUCUGUAUGGCCAAGUCUUUCACUUCAUUCCGUUCGGCAGUACAUCAUACAGCAACAGUAACCAAUGCAACAAACAUCAACCGGUUUGUUGUAAACAAAAGUUUAUUUAACACUACUCGAUGAACAAGACUUGAUGUAUAAUUUCAGAAUUUGAUAAUAAAAUCACUCCAACCAAAUAUUAAUCAAUAUACCAAUCCAAACACUUCAUCCAGUAUAUCCGCCAUCAAUUCUCUCAGCACAACAACCGCCAUCUAUCUUCUCUAACAUAAACGAAAACUAACGCGUCACUUCCCACUACACAAUUACGUCACAACACUCUCACAAAAACGAUACGGCUGCACAUAAAAUCUCUAACUAAGAUCUUUUCCCUAUCAAACAUGACAACAACGCUCUACACAUAACAACAGUGAUUCUCAUACCCUUGAUACUUACCUCUUCUGCUAAGGAUAAAAGUAUUAAUUUUUUUACACUUUUUGUAGCAAUUGCUUUAAAGAUACUUACGACUGACAUGUUUAUUGUUAACAAUCAUAAUUUAUAUAAUUAAUCCUUAUCACCGGUUAAAGAAAUAUUAGUGGAAGUUAGUACAAAACAAAGGGAAAACAUUUUAAAACUGUAUGAACACACACACACACACUUCACACAGACACACACACACAAAUAUUUUCAUUUAUGAUACAUUUAUCCCUUGUUAUCACACACACAAAUUUUGAUGCCUGUGUAACUCUACCACAUUUAUUGUUUAGGUCAACUGCCUUGUAUAGAUAAUCUAAAGGAUUGAUUAUCAUGCCAAUAUUUUGUCAAGAAGUGAAGCAAUAUAUAUAAUGUGUGCUGACUAUAAAAUAGAUCAUGGUUUUGUUUUUAUGAUAGUCUUAGGCACUGUUGUCAGUAGGGAGAAAUUAAUCUCCUAUUUACAUGUAUGGCUCGUUCCAAAACAGUACAUGACAAAAGACGAUACCAAAUGAUAAAAACAAUAACAAAGAAUAUGAUACUCGAAACAGGGCUAAUUACAAGGUACAAAUAAUGAAAAGAAGUUUACUGUAAAAAACGCAUUCACACGUUCCAAAAUAACUCUCUCUCACUGUCUGCGUCUCUCUCUCUGGUAUGCGUGCCACUAGCCUGUAUUUAUAGUCUAUUCUAUAGAAGAUUCGUGGUCAGAAUACGCAUCGUAAUAGUGACACAAAUGUUCUACAGUGUUCUACCGCAUUCGAGUAAAUAAACAGACAAUAGAUUGGUUUGUGGUAAACAAGACCAAAAAGGAGUAAGACACGCCCAAUAAUAACGCAGGUGAAUUGGGGUCAGCUUAGGUCGUUCACCAGGAAAAGAUUAAAUGAGAAUACAAAUAGAACGCCUAUGUAUAUAACAAUAGCAACAGAAAACUUUCAUCUGUCAAGUAUGUAUCAAUUCUGUUAAAGUACUUGAUUUAUUUUUUAAGUUGAAAUAUAAAUUAAACAGCUUUAUUGCCUCUGUUAUUCAUUUUAGAUAAGUCCCUUGAAGUUGGAAGGCAAAAAAAAUAGUUCUCCUCUCUUCUCCUGGUGGAGUUUAAGUAAAAUUUAAAUGAGAUGUUAAAAUAUUUGACUUGCCCAAAAACCCAUUUUUUUCUACACAAUUUGAUAUUGAGUUUAACUCUGUUGAAACUGAUAUGAUCAAUGGUCUAAUUUUAGACCCUUAGCCAUUGGCCAAAAUUUUUUUUAUUAAUUAUUGACAUUUAAGCUAUCUUCACAUUCUACUUAUGAUGUGGUAAAGGACAGUUGAUAGAUUAAUGUGUAAACUGGGGUCAAAGAUGCACUUUUUUUUUUCAAUUUCAAUACAACUGCUAUGUUUUCCCUUUAUUAGUGUCUGGAACCACUGCAACUGGCUGAUCUUAAGUCUGCUUUGAAAGAUGUCAAAGCUACAUUGACCACACCUGUAACUGCUCUCAUUAGACAGAGUAGGACUGAAGGAUCAACGAAUUGGACAGAGUGUCAUGUAUCUGCUAGCACUUUUUUUGAGAAUAAAACAGGUAGUUUAAGUGAAUUUUUAAAAAAAGCAAAGUAACUGAUAUAAAGAAACAGAUAUGACUUGAUUUUAAUGUUAUCCAUGUUUACUAUCAUGACUCUUUUAACCUUCUUCUUCUUCUAUAUCUUAAGGGCCCACGAUCAAUUUAUUUAUCAUUUUGGCUCCUAUGCAUGUAGAUGGAAUUUGCAAUGUUUCUGUUCCUGGUGUUGAUGAGAAAAUUUCACAGAUUUCCAGUGCAACUUUGUGAGGGAAUCAUGCACUAAGGGUUUGAAGGCUUGAGGCAAUAGACACAAAUGUGUCUAGUGUUGUCGCCUCAACCGUUAUGUUUCUUUGUAUCCAUCCCUGUGGCAUGACAGCCCACGUAGGGCUUUUGGCCUUGUUACCACUACCAUCCACUCAGAACUAACUGAUGCUAUUGAUUUUCUCAAGAAAUAUAAUUAUAUCAUGUCACUCAAGAUUUUACAUGCUUUCAAAAAUGGCUGUAGAUAUAGUUCCUUCUUACAGAAGAUUAAUUAAUUGUAUUCUUGUGCCUCAUGUGAAUUGGUGAGUUUUUCUCAGUGAUAAACAAACACCAAACAUGAUGUUACAAAGAUUAAAAAUUUUGAGUAGUAAGUUGUGAAUUGCUUCAAAAACCAGUCAUUACUCAAUGACUCUACAAAUGUUACUUGAAAUAGUUUAUAUAAUAAGAAGCUAUCAAUAUUCACACAUGUCAAAAUAAUUCAAAAUGUCAUAAUCAUUAAAGUAGUAAAUUUAGUCAUGUUAUUUUUCCAAAUGAAACAAAAAUUAAUUUAAUGUUCAAUACAGGUUUUCCUAGAACACAUUUGGCUUUUGAGGCUCAUGAGCAGUUACCUCCACUUAAUCUUGCUUCUAAAGAUCCCUUAUUUAGAAGGAUAUUCAAUUCAUUAGUUCAAUCGCAUUGUAAGUAUUUAUUUCUUCAUUCACUUAUGUGUGACUUUUUCUAGUGUUAUUUUCAAUUCUUCAUUUACUUUUAUGUGACUGCUACUUCUAGUGUUAUCAUUUAGUCUUUGGUCUAGGUUGUUGUUUUUUUCAAGUUAAUUUGUUUUUUGUUUUUUUAAAGCAUAAAGGAUAAAAUAUUCUUUGGCCUGAUUUUUCAAUUUCUUUUCUCUUAGAUACACAGAAAAGGGGCUUUAAGUCUCACAGAGCAGAGAAGAGAACAUUUGGUGUUGGUGCUAAAAAGGACCAGCCUGAUUCAAUUUUAGAUAAUGUACAAGAUUUUUUCAGCAGUAGAACAGAUAAACAGGUACAUUUUCAAUAUCCCAGACCGGUUUACUCUCACGAUUUUGGCGUACAAUUUACAAUUUUUAGAUGUCUUUUAUGAUUGUAUGCCUAGACCUGCCAAAACUAUGAUUUUCAGAGACCCGGUAAAAAAAUAUUGGGGUACCCGGUAGUUUUUUUAGAUUUCAUUUUUUUUUUUGGUUGUUGACAUUUCAAAUAAAGAUCUGGCGGUGAAUAGACUGAGAAAAGCAAAACCAGUCAGAACUACAAUUUUAAGAGACCGGUUUAAAAAUUUAUAGCCUAAAUUCCGGUUAGUUUUUUACGAUAAAAAAAAAAUUAUUAUUAGGCUAAUAAAAAAAGUAUAUUUUCAAUUGUUGGUUUUAAUUUGCAUUCUACACCCAGCAGUGAAUGGCUUGAGAAAUACAAUUGGUUGGGGACCAUCUAUAAUUAUAUUACCUUUACCCCGAUAGAAAAAUUGAAUGGUGUUGAUUUAGAUUUUGUGUAAAUGGUGUGGGGGGGGGGGGCAUUUAAAUAUUUAAGUCUAUAAAAUUAACACUGCCACAUUUUUUCAUAAUGAUAGUUAGCGAGAGAAAAAAAAGUGGGGGUGAGUCUUGCCAGAAAGUACGUAUUCAAUUAUUCUACAAUAUUCAUCCUGAAACUCUACAAGUUCAAAAAUAACAUAAUUUUAUUGUGAAUGCUGUAAAAUAUCACCCGAUGUUAAGUAGGACCUGUGAUGAUGCCAUGUAUUUUAACAAAUGAACUCAGUAGUAGAGAUGUUACAGUAAUAUUUAUUUAGUCCACCGUAUGAUCAACGUGCAUGUGUCGUAUAUUUUGUUGGGCGACGCAGUCGUUCUAAAAUUUUUGUUUCCCGUCGCCUAUGUCAAAUUUAGUUUUUUCACCAGGCUCCCUGAUUGAAAUUUUAAUGAAUACACUUCGAAAUCGUGAAUAAAUAAAAAAAAAUAAAAUAAAGAGUUGGGGAAACAAAAAUAUGACAUCUAUGUAAGUCACUAAGUGCCAUCUAGUAACUGCAAACAUUAGUUACUCAGGUGGGUUACUGUUUACACUUUACACUAUCACCCAAAGUUGUGAUAUUUGGAUUAAAAUUAAAAGUGGAAAUAAAGUUAAACAAAACCCCUGCGAGGAAGCCACAGCAACCCAUGUAGCUCCACCCACACGGGCGGACCAGUAAAAGGACAAUUCAGUGCGCCCUUUCUCUUUGACUAAAUAAAUGGUUUAAUGCACUAGCAGGCUCUUUUCUAAAGGCAAUUUUUCUCUGGAAUCAAGACGGGGGGAGAGGGGGUGUGUUGUCGUCAAAAAGUGUGCGGGGGGAGUGGGGGUGUUUGUUAGAAAAUUUGACUCUUUUUGGGCUUACAUAAUAUAUAGAUUGCAUCUCAUCGUGUUUGUUUGCAUCUGUGCUAUAUGAUGUCAUUUUGUGACAUAAUUAUUUCUUACGGCUGCACGUUCACCUAAAUAUUAAUUGACACUAUAGCAGAUACAUGUCUCCAAAACAAAGUGACCGCUGUUUGCUGUUAACAUCAGUCAUCGACUUUUUACCGUUCAGUUCCCUUUUUUGAGGCCAGCUUAACUCGAUUCCACUAGACAUGUGAUGUGAUUAGUUAUUGUUUACACUGUGUAUACUGUAAUGUUUAUUUCUUUACUAAUAAUAUACUGUAUUGUACGAUUUUGAGACGAUAUUGUGCGAGUUUAGGAGUAUUAGGGUAAACAGGUCUGAUAUCCUGGUUUAGUUGAGUAAUUGAAACCUCUAAAUGUAGUACAGUAAUUUAUUUGAAAACGCAAUAAUUAUGAAAGGUAACCAAGCUGUGGAAGCUAAGAGAUAUGAAAAUGUGAUUUCUGCACAGAUUACAUGGACUUCAGUUAAUCUUAUGUUCUAUGAAGUUAAUCAUUUCUGAUUUUCAUAGAAAGUAUUUCCUAGCACAACAGUUUAGCUUUGGCUUGCUGCACUUACACAUUGAUUAUCUCACAACAUAAGAAAAUUACGUUUUUAAUCAGUUAACUUUUAUUGCAGCCCGACCAUGGUCCUAAGUCGCUUUCUGAUUCUGAUCCUGAGAUUGACAAAAGGCUUAAGAUUGCGUUUGCAGAAGGCUACAAGGCAAAAGAGGAGACUCCAAAAAGAAAAUGGCCAGUUCUAAAGUAAGUUUGUAAUUAACCCAUUCAAAACUUUUUCUGAAAUUUCCAGACGUAACUAAAGCAGUCAAGAACUUUUUCAAGAAUUGACAUUUAAGAAUUUAUACAAUUGAUCUACUAAUCUUUAAUAAUAAAAAAAAUUCUUAGCCUUAAUUUUUUUCUAUAUUUUUCAGGAUUUUUAUUGUCACAGCCUUUGUUUUGUGGCUUGCUUAUCAGCUACUAAGUGCAAAAAUUUCUAUCAAAACAGGUAAAAUGUUUUAUUAAAUAAACAAUGAAAUUUUUAUUUUAUAUCUAUUUUUUUUAUUAAAGUGCUGUUUGCCUAAGUGAGGUUAAGAUGUAUGAUUGUCAAAUUUUGUAUUAAUACAUCCAAAAGUAAUUUUAAUUUCAGUCAUCUUUUUUUUAAAACAGGAGGUUCACUUGGUUUCUUAAACAGCAUGUCCUAUGAAGUCAAUGCUGAAGAUGUUAAUGUGACAUUUGAAGAUGUUAAAGGGGUGAGUGUUUUACACAAAUUGAAUCCCUUUUAAAACCCAAGCAAUCACUUCCCGUAAGACACUGUGUUCACAUCUUAUAUUAGGCAGCUCCUUUAUCUCUUACAUUAAGAAUUGUAGCAGAAGUUGCUUGUUACGAUCAGCUAGAGGCCGACCGAAAGUGAUUUUCUGAUUUCAGCCGAAAAUAGGCCAAAAGUUUAAAAUGACUUUCGGCCGAAACCGAAAAAAGGCCCAAAGUUUAAAAAUGACUUUCGGCCGAAACCGAAAAUGAAAUAUUUAGAUAUUUUGAAAUUCGUUCCCGCAUACAUUUUGCAUACAUCGAAAAUGAUGUGGGAAAGUAUAAAUAUUUACAUUCUUUCUAUAAAAAUGAGAUAAUUGUGAAUAUUAAUAAAUAAACAUCUAAUAUAGGGGUCUCAAACUCGCGGCCCGCGAGCCAUUUGUGACCCGCAAGACGAUAUUUUGCGGCCCGCUACAUGACAGAAAAGUUUAGUGUAAAUGCGCCGGCCCGUUUCCCCCAUUCUCAUAGCUAUAGCGUGACUCUCCGCGACGGUGUCAGUCGAAUCUCACCGACUAGUCUAAUUCUGUUUUUUUUUUUUGGUAAUGUUUCUAUAUAUUUUUUAAUGCAACAGUGAGUAGGUGGAUGAAAGUGAAUCCUAGUUCUUGAGAACCCUUAAUGAUUUUAUUGUUAUUUAUAAAGGUUGAGCAGAUUGUAACAGUUGUAAUCGCUUUUUUGUGGAUUACUUGAUGCGGCCCACUCUCAUUCAGACACUACCUCCUGCGCCCCCCCCCCCCCCUGGUGAUUUGAGUUUGAGACCCUUGAUCUAAUGAAUACUUUGGAUUUUACCAUUUUAAUAUAAAAGUAAUUUAAAUUGCGUUACAUUUUUUUUUAAUUAGUAUGUUAGGAGAAAAUUUGGCAAAAAUUGAGGGGGGGGGGGGGGGAGGAAAUUAAUGCAAAGUAUUAUUUUUUUAAACCGGGUCUCUAAAAAUUGUGGUUCUAAAAUAUCGCUUAAUUUGUUUUUAAAGAUCGUUUAGUUGGUUGUUAUUGAUCGCUUAAUUUGUUGUUUAAGAUCGUCCAGUUUUUGUUAAUGAUCGCUUUAUUUUUUCUUAAAGAUCGGUUAGUUUGUUCAUAAAGAUCGCCUGGUUUGUUGUUAAAGAUCACUUAGUUUGUUGUUAAAGAUCGCUUAGUUUUUCACAAAGAUCGCUUAGUUUGUUCUUAAAGAUAAUUGAUUUUGUUCCUUAAGAUCGAUUAGUUUGUUCUUAAAGAUCUUUUAGUUUGUUCCUAAAGAACAUUUAGUUUUCUGUUAAAGAUCGCUUAGUUUAUUCUUAUAAAUCAUUUAGUUUUCUAUUACCGAUCAUUUGUUUUGAUCUUAAAGAUCAUUUAGUUUGGUCUUAAAAAUCGUUUAGUUUGUUCUUUAAGAUCGUUUAGUUUGUUAUUAAAGAUCGCUUAGAUAGUUCUUAAAGAUCGCUUAGUUUGUUUUAAAGAUCGUUAAAUUUGUUCAUAAAUGUCGUUUAGUUUGUUGUUAAAUAUCGUUUAGUUUGUUCUCAAAGAUCGCUUAAUUUGUUCUUAAAUGUCGCUUUCGCUGAGUAUUAAAUGACCGAAAACCUGAGUCACUUUCGGCCGGAUGGCUGAAAGUCUAAGUCAAUUUCGGACGAAACCGAAGAAAAACCGAAAGUUAACUUUUCUCUUUCGGCCGAAACCGAAAUUAAGCCGAAAGUUAACUUUUCAGUUUCGGUCGAAAGUGAUAAAAUGGCCACUUUCGGCGCCAAAGCCGAAGCGGAAAUUCGGUCGGUCUCUACGAUCAGCAUUGAUAUUUAUCCAGACUUUGUCUUGUGCACAUUUUUAAUCACUGGCAAAUUCAAAAGUUAUUAGUUCUGUCUGAUGGUUGACUUAGUUCCUGCUACAAGCGUUGCUGCUGGUUUCACUCGUAUACAUUUAUUUAACUCAAUGAUUAUUAUUCCUUUUAUUCCGAUACUGGCUUAUAUCAUAUAUUUCAUGGCUUGGAAAGCUAGAUUUGACUGGCUUACCUCGGAUGACCCUUUAGUUUGUAGGUGAAAUGUCGAAAUGAACUUUUUUAAAAAAUUCUUCAUAUCAGUUGCUCCAUACACCUGUGAAUCUUUCAUGUGUCUUCAGGCACUGGUUGGAAACUGCUAGUAUGAUGAAGCAAAUGAAUAUUCACUAUGCAAAAUAAAUAUGACCCUGAAACUUACAAAUGACCUGUCUUAUUAAAAAAGAACCAAUUUAAAGACAGUAUGGCAGACCUGUUUACUCUUACGAUUUUGGCGUACAAUGUACGAUUUUGAGAUAUCUUUUACGAGUGUACGGCGAGACCCGACAAAACUACGAUUUUCAGAGAGCCGGUGAAAAAAAAAAAUUUCCGAUUAAAAUUCGUUUGUUGAAGUUUUAGCCUUUUCCAAUAAAAAUCUACCGAUGAAUGAAACGAGAAAAACGAUUGGUUGUAAUUAAAGUUGGGACCAUCCUUCAUUGUAUUAUGUGCGCACUGAGAGGGGAGGUGGGGGUUGUUAAUGAAGGAGAUUUGCGGCAUACGGGUAGGGGGUUGGUCGGAGUGUCAAAAGUUAUAAAAAUAUCACCGCAAAGUAUCGUCUUGAUGGUGAUGAUUGUCACACUGUUGCUUUGCCUAGUUAGCUGCGUCACCUGUAAUAUUUAUACUAUUCACCACCAUCCCCUUUGACUGCUACCCAGCGUGUGACGUAGUUUUGUUCCCUUGAACUGCGGCGAUUGUGAAAACGGAGAAAACUAGAGACAAGAUGGUUUUUACAAUCAAAUACUUGAUCCCACUGUUCUGCACUGGAAUGUUGGUUGUGGACUUAUUUGAUAAGAGCCAGUCAGCGGCAUUUAACAAAUAUUGGUAGAACUCGCAAAGCAGCUCUUUACCCUCAGCGAUCGUAAUACAACAGUUUGGUAUCACUACUAAUACUGCCCCUACCCCUUUUUUUAAACGGAAAAAAAUCAGACGACGGCUCAAUUUUUUCCCCCAGUAAUGAAGGGUGGGGGGUGGCUCUGCCCGGUGGAAAUAAUUAUGUCACCAGCACGGAAAUACGAAUUACUGGACUACAGUGUGUUAUCACUAUGUCAUGUUCAAUUUUACAACUACAGGGAUCUCUUUAUGAAAACACACAGCAUUAGUAGUUUAUAUGAGUAGGCAUAUAUGAAUAUGCUUACUGCUAAAUAUUGUAAUAUUUCUUAUAGCCUUAAUAAUAAUAAUAAAAGGCCUUAUUAGAAUUCACGGAUUUCAUAGAUUUUCAGAUGACAGUUGGCUCUAUAAGAGACUGUCAGGAUAAUUAUUGUAUGCUUAAAUGUAGGUGCACUCUAUUGACCCCCCAUCAAAUCUGUCAUAGCAUCCUCAGUGCGUAUAUAAUACGUAAUAGUUAGAUGGUCCUUUGUUUGACGUAAUAGUUAGAUGGCCCUUUGUUUAACGUAAUAGUUAGAUGGUCCUUUGUUUGACGUAAUAGUUAGGUGGUCCUUUGUUUGACGUAAUAGUUAGAUGGUCCUUUGUUUGACGUAAUAGUUAGAUGGUCCUUUGUUUGACGUAAUAGUUGGAUGGUCCUUUGUUUGACGUAAUAGUUAGAUGGUCCUUUGUUUGACGUAAUAGUUAGAUGGUCCUUUGUUUGACGUAAUAGUUAGAUGGUCCUUUGUUUGACGUUGACAAGGUGGGGGGGGGGGGGUAUAAAUAUUUUAUAAAACUUUUUAAUGUUAAUUUGCGUACCAGGUAUGUUAUACCAGAAUGUCCCAUUUCCCAAACAGCUUUGGCGUUCGAAUUAGGCUACAUUGACGGGUGUGCACGUUGCCUGAUUUUAAUGUUACCAUUAAUGGAAUCAGCUAUCCUUUUUAUUUUCGGUCCCCUAGUUUAGUUUACUUAGUGAGUAUUUUACGAUCUGGCCUCGACAAAAAGAAAUGCACGCGAAACCGAUGACGAAGAAGAAACUUCCACUUCUACCAAUAAACAUCAGCUUCAACAAAGGAUAAAGAAAGUUUAUAUUCUUGCUUGGAUAUAAGACACAAUUUACUGUGUUGAGGUCUUCAUAGAAGGGUCCAUCAUACGCGCACUGCACAUUCUGCAAGUCGGACUUUUCAGUAGCAAUCAGAGACAAAAUGAGUGGUGUGGAUUUAGGAGAUAGUGUGUAUGGCGCGGGUCUAAAUAUUUAAAUCUAUACAAUCAACUCCGCCACCUACAUUUUCGUAAUGUCAGUUUGGGGGGUGUGAAAAAGGGGGGGGGGGGGAUAUUCCUCGGCAGAAAGUACAUGCGGAAUUUAAAAAUACUACACUAUUCAUCCCGUAACUCUGAAAGUCCUAAAAUAGCACAUUUAUAUUUCGAAUGCUGUAAAAUACCAGACAAUGUUUAGUAGGAAUUAUCGCUGUGAUGUUGUCAAGAUGUAUUUUCACAAAUGAUCUCGCUGGCUAUUCAUAAACUCAGUAGUAGAGAAAUUACAUUAAUCUUUAGUCCACCGAAUGGUAAGGCCACGUGCUACGUAUAAUUCGGUGGGCUACGCCAGCGGUUCUAAAAUUUUUGUUUCCCUGCGCCUAUGCCACACUACGUUUUCACCAGGCUCCCUGUGUCGAAUUCUAACAUGUACAAUUCGAAAUAGCGAAUACACAAAGAAAAUAAGGGUUUGAUAAAAAUAAAUAUAAUGUGUAUGUAGGUCACUGAGCGCCAUCUGGAACUGCAAACAGCAAUUUUUUAGUGAGUUACUGUUACGACCGAAAGUUGUCACAUUGGUUUAAAAGGGAAAAUAAAAUAAUGAAUUUUUAAAAAUAUUUCGCAACGCCCCGAUGAGGAAGCCGCAGCCACCCCCUUGCCCGAGGGCAACGAGCACCCAGGGCGAUGUGGCGUUUAUUCUGGGAACCACUGGGCUGGCCGAAAACCCGUGUCACCUUUUGUUGACUGUAACAUCAUAAAAUACAAUGGAUUUUGUUAAGUUUAUGGGGGGGGGGGGGGGGGCUGGGCUGGUGUUUUAAAGCUCACUGUACCGUACACACAAAAAGGGAUGGGGGGUCCCAAUUUGUUACCGGGUAAUUAAUUCUUAUUUUAAUACAUUUUAUCUUAUGCCCACCUGACGUCAAGUUUGAACAACGUUAAAUUUCACCGGUGAUUUUAUUUUUACCUGCGACAGACUGGGAUAAUGUGAUCAGCACGUUAACCCAAAUAUUAAUUAAUUUGUAUUAGCCGAUACACGUCUGCAAAACAAAGUGACCGCAGUUUGCCGUUUACGUCAGUCAUCUACUGUUUACCUACAGUUCCAUAUUUUGACGCCAGCGUAACUCGAUUCCACUGAACACGCUAUAGGAGUUAUUGUAUACAUUAUGUAUACUGUAUUUUUAUUUAUUUACUAUCAAAAUACUGCAUUGUACGAUUUUGAGAAGAUAUUGUACGAUUUUAGGAGUUUGGGGGUAAACAGGUCUGGUAUGGAAUCUUGGUUUGAAGAACCUGCUGUGUCUCGGGGUUUGAACAUGUUUUUUUAGUAAUUUAAUAAUAAUAAUAAGUUUAUUUCAAAAACACGCUUCAUCCCCAAAGGCUCGAAGCGCGGUACAAAGUCAACAAAAAACAAAUCUAUAAUUUACCACAUUUAAAACAAACGCAACACUACAAAGACUAAUUACAAGCAUACCAAGUCAAAGUCUUUCUAGCCAUUUCAACCCUAUAUACAAGCAACAAAGCCAAUAUGCAUUAACUGGAAAAUAUGGUAGACAAUCAUAGCAGAAGGUGUUUGCGAAAUAGAUGUGUCUUUAAAUCGGUUUUAAAGGACUCCAGUGUCUGGCUGUUUCUGAGAUCGACAGGAAGGGCGUUCCAAAUUGUUGGACCAGCAAAUGCGAAAGUGCGCUUUCCGUAAGUCUCAAGGCAAACACGUGGUGUCAAGAGUUUCCCACUAUCGGAUAUGGGGAAUUGUCUAGUGGGUACAUAAGGCGUCAGCAACUCUUUCAGAUAGGACGGCGCCAGGUCAUGUAAGCAGCGGUAGCACAAAGUUGCGAUUUUUGUAUUCUAUGCAAGCACGCACCGGCAGCCAGUGCAACUCUCUCAGAAGUGUUUUUGCAUGGCCUGUGUUGGGCAAAUUGGUUACAAUAGAAUUAUUAAAAUACAUCAUGCACUUUUUGCUUCCAAUACAGCUGCUAUGUUACUACUUAAUUGGAAUAAUUAGACACAUUUUAAAUAUAUUAAACAGGCUGCUGAAGCCAAACAAGAACUACAAGACAUUGUGAGUUUUCUGAGGGAUCCUGAAAAAUACACAUCAUUAGGUGCCAAACUUCCAAAAGGUAUAUAAAGAAAUUGUUGGUAGUCGUCGUUAGGUACUGAACUUCCUAAAGCUUGGUUUCUAAAUAACUGCUUGCAAUCGGUUUUUUGUUCGGUACAAGCAACAUAGGUCUUAGCCAUAAUUUAGGCAUCAUUCAAUGACAUUAAAUGCAUUAAUAUGUUUAAAGUUCUUCCAGAAUAAUGUAUUUUUUUUAAAUUUCUUGUAAGUUAUAUCAGUGGAACAGAAAAAAAUGGUGUUGAUACCAAGGAAUUUAUAUACCUGAUGGUAGCAUAUCUUUUUCUUUUUUUUUUAGCUCUUCUACUUAUUAAACUUAAUAAAUCUGUUUGCAUAAUAAAAAAUAAAAGUAAUUGCAUAUCAUAAUGUUAGCUUCUAAUGUUGCUAUGCAGACCUCAAAUUGUGACAUUGUUUUUAAUUUUAGGAGUUUUGCUUGUGGGUCCACCAGGUGUAGGAAAGACGUUGCUAGCUAGGGCUGUUGCAGGUAAGUUUUUUAAAAAUUCUUUCAGUAUGAUGUAUGUUUUAUUUUUCUCAAAAUUUUGUCAAGUUGUAAAUGAUAUGGCUUAUAAAGAUACCAAUUAUUCUAAUAAAAUAAAGCUAAUGUAGAUGGGGGUUUUUUUAUACCUUCUAUCAUUGAAAUUGAAUAUUGCAGGUGAAGCUGGUGUCCCAUUUUUUCAUGCAUCUGGAUCUGAAUUUGAUGAAUUGUUUGUUGGUCUUGGAGCAAAGAGAAUUCGACAGUUGUUUAGUAAGCGAUUGAAUUUGAGCUCAGUAUUGAAGUCAGUAUAGUAGAAAUUUUGUCAAAAUGUAACACUUGAGAUGCACAUUUUUUUUUUAUCAUUUUGUUAAAACCACUAUCAACCUUUUUCUAUAAUUGAUUUUAUAUAAUCACGGAUCAAAUCCCUUCAGAUGUUUCGCAACGUCUGAAUUUCAAUGGGCUUUGAUUUUUUUUAGGGGACGUGUUUGAAAAGGUAUAUAUUUCUUGUUUGAUAUAAACUAAUCAAAGAUUAUAAACUUCAUUUAUUAAAUGAAUUUGUAGGAUAUGCUAAUUAAAGUAAACAAAGGUAAAGGUCACUUGGUAAAUUUAUGACAGCACAGACGGAAUGGGGAGAAUUAUUUGUUUUUACCUUAACACUCAAUAUCCACAAGUCGCAGAUCAGAGACCAUAUGCAUAUAUUAUGUAAUAUAUAUUAUAGCAAAAGGAAACUUUCCUGAAUACUCUCCACUUCACUUUUAUAGCUUGUUUUAAGUUAUAAUAUUUUGUCAAAUUUGGNGGGGGGGGGGUUGCACUGUUCAAUUGCAAUUUUCUUUUUUAAAAAUGGACUCGAGAGGAUAAAUUUAGUACUAAUUUAGAGGUAACAAGUGAUAACUCAUUUGUUAAUUUUGCUAGCGAGUUAUUCAGUUUACUUUCUGAAAACCUCAUAUUUCACCAUUCAGAUGAAAAAGACAUGGGUCAAAGUUUAUGCUAUGUGGAAAUUAAAUGUAAACAAUUGUUCUUUUGAAAAAAAACUUUCUGAAUUAUUCAAAAUCUUACCGUAAAUUAUAUCUAUAAAUUAAGGGCUGCACAUGCCUAUUAAAAUAUAAUAAAGGGAUGUUGAAAACUGGAGAAAGUGAUGUUGAGGUAAAAUUAUUGAGUUUUAAAAAAGUACAAGAUUACCUUAGCUUCAAACUAUCUAUUUGUAUGAUAUUUUAUUUUUGCUCAUAUUUUUUUUCCGAAGGUGCUGCCAAAGAACAAGCACCAUGUAUUAUUUUUAUUGAUGAAUUUGACUCUGUGGGUGCAAAAAGGACAAGUUCUGCUAUCCAUCCAUAUGCUAAUCAGACAGUGAACCAGCUAUUAAAUGAGAUGGAUGGGUAAGUUUAACUUUUAUGUCACUAUUAUAGUUAAAAUAUUUUUUAUUGGUUUAACUUGGUCUAAUAAUUGUUUGAUAUAAAGGAUUAAAUAGAGCUAUUUCUAAUUUCUUUUAACCUCAUAAGCUAUCUCGUUGAAAUAAUUUUAUUACAAAUUGUUGUAACAGAUUUCAACAGAAUGAAGGCAUCAUAGUCAUGGGGGCCACUAACAAAGUUGAAAACAUGGACAAGUAAGUAACAGUCACAGUGCUUCUCAAACAUUUCUGUUGUUAGCAGCUCCUAGGUUGCAGAGAACAAGGUUCUAAUCUGGUUUCAAUCUUUAAAUAGCAUCAGUUUAAAUAUUUGUGAAUAACUUAACACAUACCACAACAGAAUGUACAAAGGAUUUGCAGGAGUUAAUUUUGUAUAUAAUAUUUUUUAUUUAACAACUUCGCUACUGUUGACGCGACGUCACGAUCACCCACUUUCAGUUACCAAGGACGUCACAUUGUCGUCAUAACAAAAAGUCAAAGAACUUUUCUGAAAUACCAAGGACGUCACGUCGACGUCAUAUUUCAAUGCUAUAUAUUUCCUUAUUCGUUAAUCUAUAGGGAAGUUAAAAAGCGAAUCGGAUAGAUAAUGAAAUAUACUGGGGGAAAAAAAAAAAAAUUUUUAAUUUUUUUUUUUUUUUUUUUUUUAAACCCAGCGGUAGCGAAAGGGUCAACUCUGCCACAACCAUAACUUUUUCUUUUUAAAAUUAAUUUUGGAUGUGAAUGAUAUUAUUUCAGAGCUCUUAGGCGACCUGGCAGAUUUGAUGUAGAAGUGACCGUUUCACUGCCAGACUUGAAAGGGAGAAAAGAAAUUAUAGAGUUGUAUAUCAGUAAAAUAAAGAAAGAUCCAAGUAAGUUUAUGUGAUUGUUAUGCCAUUGGGUUUUAAUAUUGGAAAGCUCACUGGGUAUUUUAUGAGGACAGUCACUCUCUUAUCAACACAGUCACUCUCUUAAUGAUUGAAUCCCGCCAUCUCUGACACUUAAUGCAUUCCUGUAUGAUGAAUCUCACUUUUACAAUACAAAGCCAAAGCAGCUUACUGUCAAAUAAUAAAUGUAUCCUCAUAUAAAUGAAAUUUUAUUUUAAUUUUGUGACAAAGGUUAUCAUUCAAAGAACAUAACCACAACAUUGAAAAAUAAUGCAAAACCAAUUUUUAAAGCAGUUAUAUAUGUAGUAGCUUCAUUAUAUGUUAUAUCCAAAAAAAACUUGUGUAUUCCAGAUGUUGAUGUUGACAAAAUUGCUAAAGGUACAACCGGCUUUUCAGGUAAAUAAUUUGCAUAACAAAAACUUAUUUAUUUGAACUCAAGUUCUCUUUUAAAAAAAUGUUCUGCCUUUGUAAAAACAGUCUUGGCUGUCUAAAUAAAUGAAAAUUUUUUAAAGCUUGUUUCAAAUACUUUAUCAAAUUGUUAUUCAUUGUUUUUGCUCUUCUCUUUACUUGCCAGGAGCACAACUAGAAAACUUGGUCAACCAGGCAGCCCUUAAAGCUGUCAUUGAUGGCCAGGAAACUGUCACAAUGCAGCACUUGGAAUUUGCAAGAGACAAAAUAAUUAUGGGUGUGUAAAGCAACUUGGGCUAUGGUUUUGAAGGUGUUGCAGAAAAGAAAUUGUUUAAUCCAGUUUUUACCUACACUCAUUUUAGUAUGUGCCAAAGUAAACUGUAAAUAAUUAGAGUAGUUAAACUAUUGCAUGUAUUAAAGUGGUUGUUUGUUGUAUUUUUUCAAUAAUCCAUUGGGGGGGGGGGGGGGGGGCGUGUUUUUUUUUAAAAAUUUUUUUUUUUUAUAAAUUAUUUUUUUUUUAUGAAAAUAAUCAGGCUGUUAUUGACAUGGUGUGAUGAAUUACAUAUUGAUUUAAAGAGACAACAGAUAUUCAGAGUGUUAUUGGAAAAUACUUUUUUCUAAUUGAUGCCUUUACAGGGCCAGAAAGAAAACACAGAAUACCAGACGAAGAGACAAAUCUUACUACAGCUUAUCAUGAGGCUGGACAUACCUUAGUUGCUUACUUCACAAAAGAUGCUACUCCACUGCAUAAAGUUACAAUUAUACCUAGGGGACAAUCGUUGGGUCAUGUACGUACAGCGAAAAAUACUCUAUCCAUUACCUUUGUCGGUCCUGUGGCAGAGAACAAGGGACAGCAUAAAUAUGUGGUUUUAUUUUCUCAAUUACUCCACUCCUGCCUAUCACAAUGGUUUUGUCCUAAAUUCUAUGCUUGCACUUUCCAAGCUGAGGUUAUAAAACUAUUUGUACAGAAGGAUGUAGAUUCUAUUGAAAUUAAAGCAGCAAAAAGUGAUUUAAUAAGGGUAUUACUUUGUUGAAAUCAAAUGUUGAAAUAGGCACAAGUUCAGAUGUAGUUGAUUCUAGAGGCAGGUGCGAUUUAGCAUAGUGAUGACAGUAUGGUGACUUAGUGAAAAUAUUCUGUUAUCCAGCUUAACUCUCAAAAGACUAGAUUUUUCCAGUUUUUAAUGACCUUGAAUAUAUCUUAUUCUUCACUGUGCCUCAUGGCUGUAAUUUUGUAGCUACCUACAAGUAUUAUAUAUCAUUUUAAAGGUAAUUGGAUGCUCUUUGAUUGAUAUUUGGUGUUUGUUCAAAAUAUCCUUGCUGAAUUUGAUUUUUUUAUUAUUUUUGGGCAAAAAAAAAAUGUUUUUUAAGUCAAAAACAGAACAUCACAAUUUUACGAAUAAGGGGAAAAAAAAAGUGUUUUCAAAUAUAUCUAUAAAAUUGAUAUUUUAUUAGAAUAUGUUCAAUACUACAAAACAUAUUCAAAUUUUAAAAGAAUAGACUCAAAAAUAAAAAAGUUAUGACUAUUUGUUGGCAACAUAUCAUUCAAGGAAAUAUUGCUAGAAAAAGUCAAAAAUAUUUUCAAAAAUUAAUAAUACUUUUUAUUCAAAGGAAAACAUAUAAUGCAUCAUAUUAUCCCUUAGAAGAUUAUUAGUAAGUAUUAUUUUAGAAGAAAAGUUAAGAAAAAAAAAAUACAUUUUAAUAAAUCAACAUUUUUUAUGCAUCCCCGAGAUACCAAUCAAAUGAAGUAAUCCUUCGCCAAGACCAUGCAUGUAAAAUUCUUGAAAACAAUUUCUUUCUUUAUUAAAACAUACAAAUGUAGCAAAAACAAAGCCUGUGACAUAUGCUCUGACCAUUUUACCCUGUUUUGGUAACACACAAUUACAUUUUUUGUUAUUGUCAUGUCCCGGCGCACAAUGUAAUGAUUUCCGGCUUUACAGUAACAGGUUUAUCAUUAAAGAUGUCACCUGUUCCCUAAAAUGUUCAUUAAUUGCUACACUUUCUUGAUGCUGAUACAGUUCAUUGUAUUUUGCAUGGAGAUACAUAAGGGUCUCCCAAUUUUGCACAGCAUGUUUCCUUUAUUUUCAGUAUCAGUCAGAAACUUUUAGGAUACUCAAUAUAGCUUUGAAUAUGUCCUUAGUACUAAUGGCCUUGCUCAUUGUCCAUCAUUAAAGGAUUUCCUGGACAUUUCUUGUAAAAUUAAGAGCUUGAUAAUGGUACCAAUUUUUGAAAACACAAAAUUUCUGCGGCCCAUUGUCCUGCGCACACUGCUUACUAAUAAACAACCAAAUCUGUAGUAAGGUAGAGAUUGAAAAUUUCUAUUUGCUUUUGAAAUAUCCUUAUAUCCUCUCUUGUUAUAACAUCAGGAAGCAAUAAUGCUUUGUACCUCUGGUCUAAAUGCAGCAAAGCAAGUCUUUUGUCAUCAUAACCCAUUGUAUUGACUAUGUUUGACAUCUGCAUAGAUGCUGUCAAAAUAUAAAAACAAAAAAUAUUAGUUUAGCUAAAAUAAAAAUUUACAAUAUAAAUAAAAAGAUUUCUAAAUAUUCAACAAUCUGCCUAAAUUACUUUUACUUCAACUUUUCAUUGAAAAAGGAACACAGCCGAUUGUUACAGUUAGCCUUGGCCUUGUAUGGCAUUGUUUACAUUUUGCUAACUGAAACGUAAUAUUAUUAAAAUAAUUUUAUAACUACAAAUUAGUUUCAAUUAUAAAACAAAUAAAUAAUGUAAUCUAUUUAAGAAUUUUAUACUACUGGAACUUGAAUAAAACUAAUGUUAGGGCUAAUAAUAGUGCUAAGAAAAUAUCACAAUAUGCGUGAGUCGAGUAUGAAUGAAAAAAGUAAACAAACCUUGUUACUAUUAUUAUGAUGAUAAUUUACAGAAUUCUCUAUAUCAGACACAUCUGAAGUGCUAUCUUCAUCAAAAAUAUUCCUCUAAGUAAGAAUAUUUGUCCAUUUCAAGCUUACAAUCAGAAUCAGACUCCAUAGCAAUGUUUUAGUGUGAAGUAACAGUGAACCAGAAUUGUGGCGAAAUACGAGUAAAUGGCAAAAAGGAAAAUUUAUGAAUGGACAAGUUGCUACCAGGUUUCUUCAAAAACUAGCAGUAUAAACGAUUUUUCUUUAUGGCCAAAUUGAAAUUUAACAUUCUAAAAUAGUAAAUCUUAAUUUUCGCCUUUUAAUAUUAUUUUUAUAUAUAUUUUAGGGGUCGUUUUUUUCACCCGCCAUAUAUGACCGAUUUUUCAAUCUCUCGUCUUUUGAGAGUUAAGGUACUAUAAUUGAAAGUGAAAGGUUUUUAAUCUAUAGAUAAUCCAAGAGAGGGUAUCAUGCCACACAUUACUGUUUUUGUUGUAUGGCAUACAAACUAUGUUGUUUUUUUUUAAAAUGUUUUCCUUUUAAUGAUUUUGUUUAAAAUAUUCCAGACUUCAUUCAUAGAUGACAAAGAAGUGUACAAUAGAACAGUUUCUCAGUUGAAAGCCUCUAUAGACACAGCAAUGGGUGGAAGGGUUGCAGAGGAGUUGAUAUAUGGGCCAGAAAAAGUCACAACGGGAGCUACCAAUGAUUUGCAGCAGGCUACACGAAUUGCCACAUCCAUGGUCAUGUCUAUGGGGAUGUCAGAAAAGGUAAAGUGUCAAAUGUUUUAUUAUUUUUUUAGUGACAAUGUGAAUAAAAUGUUAUAGCUUACUUUUUUGUGGGGAGGGGGGGGGGGGGCUGUAAAGGAAGAAUUUUUUUGGGGGGGGGGGGUGCUGUAAAGGAAGAAAUGUCCUGGACUAUUAUUGCUCAUGAGUUACCCUUCUUGGCUAGUUAACCCAAACAGAAGCCCAUUAUAGGUAGAAGUCCAUUCCAAAAUAUUGAGACACCUUCUUAAUAAAGUUACCUCCCUACCCCAAAGUGACAUCUGUAGUGUCCGUGAAAAUAAUUUUUUAUUGAAAACUAAUGAUAAUUAUUUAGCUGUAAACCAAGUUCACUAAAACCGUGUGAAAAAAGGUUUUAUCCAUAUCUGUUGAAUCUUUUAUUUAGGGUAUGUAAAAUAUAGACAAUAUAGAGUCUCCCAAGAUUAUUUGUACAGGAAUAUCUGGAAAUAAUUUAAUGAACACUUCCAUUUGUAUCUUACAAAAUCUAUAAAAUUUGUAUCAAUCUCAUUUGCCAUUUGCUAUCUUACAACAGGUAGGAUUAAGGUCAUUUCCAGAAGAAGGAGAAAUCAGCCCAGCUCAGAGGGAAGUUAUUGAUAGUGAAAUCAGACGCAUGCUUCAAGAUUCUUAUGAGAGGGCCAAAAGUAUUUUAAAACAGCAUCAUUCGGAACUGGUCUCCCUGUCUCAAGCUUUAAUGAAAUAUGAAACUCUGGACAAAGAUGAGAUCAAAGCUGUUAUAGAAGGGAAAAAAUUGAAGAGGUCUAUUUAAGUUCAGCUUGUUUUUAUUGUGUCUUAAAGAAACAGACAUGGAAAUAAAACUAUGCCUUGGAUUGAUCUUCAUGGAGAUUUUGCCCGGUUUAGCCACUUAGCUGUGUGAGAAAAGUGAUGACUUAGUCAAAUUAUCAAAGGGAAACAAAUCCAUGCUAAUUGAAGUUUUUAGAUUUUGGUGCUGACCUUGUCUUCAUUCACCUACAUGGUGUGAGUUUUAGAUUAAGUGGAUAAUCACUCAACAAAUUGUGAAAUAAUUUCGGAACAUUUUUAAAACUUUGCAUUUGAAAAAUUGAGAAAGCUUAGUUUUUAAGUUUACACAGGGACUUUCGAAUCAAUUCAGUAUUUUAAUUGUAUUGCUGUCAAACUUUUAAUGGACUGCCAGUCCCUCACUUGACCUACCAUUUAUGCAUUGGAUUGCUACCCUUUAAUUAGUCCUUGAAGAUCACAAGUUGUAACAAUGGAUAGAACCCAGGUUUCCGGGAUUUGCUUGGUGUAGGUUCAAGUUAUUUAUAUCUUUUAAAACCAAUUUAUUUUUAAUCUAUGUUACAAGGUUUUCAAGGCAUUUCAAAUUCCUAUUUUCUUAACAUUUUUUAUUAUAUUUUAUAUCCUCAUUUUCUAAAUUAGCUUAUCUUAUAUAAUUUUUUUUUAAUUUUAAUAUACUGGUACCAUAAAAGAUUAAGUCAAGGAAUUUGAAAAGUAAUUUGAAAAGUCUUAAAAACAUUUUAGAUAGGUCAGGUUCAAGCUUCAUAGGGUUGCCAACAAUAGAUCUGCUGAUCUGCGCCGGUCCUCUUUUUUUGAAUUUGUAAAAAAGAGGGUUUUUUUUGUGCCCUCCAAGUUUCAGGCAAUUCCCCCAUUCCAUUGCCAUUCAGCACUGAACAAAUUGAUCAGCCUUCUAACUAGUGAAGACUCUUGGAUCAGCACUUGGUCUUUCUGAUGCUUUUCAUGUUAAUGUUUUGACUGAAAAUCCUUAACUCCAAAUAGAUUAGCUGUUAGUUCUCAAAGCAAUGAUCCAUCUCAUAAAAUUUCAAAAAAUAAAACUCUAGUAUAACUAUUUCUUUGUGAUCUUACAAUUAUAUUCAUUAGUCUUGAGAGCAAAGCCACUGGAUGUUGAAAUGAGUCCCGCUAAGGAAAAAGUUUUAAAUGAAUUGCCACUGUUGUUAUGCACAUAAAAAGUGUAAUAAACAUGUAUUUAUAUAAGGAACAUAUUUAUUCUUGUGUUGCUCUUUUUUAAAAAUCUAAAAAACAAACAAUGAAACAAUUUUAUUCAUUUUUCAUAUAAAUAUGUUGAGCAAUUUAAGCAACUACAGCAGGGAUGGGCAUCCUUCAGGC